GGUUUUCUGACUGAUAUAUUUAACCAGGAACAAAAAUUUUUCGCCGAUAUCUUCAGCCUGAUCUGAGAGCAGAAAUGCCUGCCACAUGUCCUUUCAAAGGAAAUCCUCCGUCAGGACCCCAAUCUCCCGCAGUUCAAUCUCCACUUUUCGUUUCAGACUUGAAUAACCCGGAUGCCAAAAUUAAAAUGCGCCAGGAGAUGGAUAGAAUUACAGAACGGCAGAAGCAUAUAUUCACAGAAACAUUUCCAGUUAUUUUUAAAGAGUAUAAGAGGAACGGGCUGGUUUUGUUUGCCAAAUAUUUUUCCGAAUUCCCACACUACAAAAAUAUUUGGCCGCAAUUUCGAACUCUCCAAGACUCGGCCCUACUUGCUUCCAAUGAGCUUGCCAACCAUUGCUCUGUGUACAUGAGCGGCUUAAAGGAAAUUGUGGAAGUGAUGGAUGACGAGGAAAAACUGACAUAUUUUAUGGCAAGGAUCGCCAGAAGUCAUGUUAAAUGGAAUAUUAAUAAGUAUCAUAUUACGAAUAUGCUGGAAGGAGUGGAUGUAGUACUUCAACGAAGCUUUGGUGACAAACUAACCGAUGAAAUCGUGAACGCCUAUCACACACUCUAUGACGUCAUUGGCAAUUUGUUGGAUAUUCAGAAGAAGCUCGUAGUUGUCAAGAGACCCUUUUAAAAAAGUUCAGUGACACUUCAGAUAAUUUGCAUAUUUUUGAAAAUUUAUUGAAACUAUAUAUUUUUUUCGAACUAAUAAAUAAAAAUGUUUAAGUC